AUGAGGGCUGGUGUGAUCACUGACAUUGAGGCAGAGGACAGAGUGCUCUCUCAGAUGGAGGAGGAGGGCAGGCUGGGCCCGGAGGCUUUGCACAGAAGUGGUGAUGUUGGAGAGAAGGAGAGAGAGUGUGACGACAUCAGCUGUGAUUCUGGUGUUCCUGGAGGCUGGGGAGUGUUAUCUUGUUUUUCCUGGUUGUUAUCCAUAGAAACGUCCUUGGGUGUUGAUUCACCAUCCAGCUGUAGUGAGGUCCUUGCUUCCAAUGUUUCUGAUAAUAGAGUCACCCACUAUCAGCGUGCUUGGCUUGGCUGCUGUCUGAGUGGAGCGCCGCUGCCUGUUCAGGCCCAACACACAGAGCAUCAGAUUAAGGAAGAGUUUGAGAAACUUCACCAGUUUCUACGAGAUGAAGAGGCAGUCAGGAUCGCUGCACUGAGAGAGGAAGAGGAGCAGAAGAGUCAGAUGAUGAAGGAGAAGAUUGAGAAGUUGAGCAGAGACAUAUCAUCUCUUUCAGACACAAUCAGAGCCAUAGAAGAGGAGAUGAGAGUUGAAGGCAUCCUGUUCUUACAAAACUACAAGGCCACAGUGAAAAGAGCCCAGUGCACACUGCAGCAUCCAGAGGAGCUUUCAGGAGCACUGAUCCAUGUGGCAAAACAUCUUGCCAACCUGAAGUUCAGAGUCUGGGAGAAGAUGCAGGACACUGUCCAAUACACACCUGUAACUCUGGACCCCAACACUGUUCAUCCUAAACUCAUUGCAUAUGAUGAUCUGACCAGUGUGAGAUUCAGUGAUGAGAGACAAAAACUUCCAGAUAAUCCAGAGAGAUUUGAUAAACAUUGGUGUAUCCUGGGCUCUGAUGGCUUUAACUCAGGGACACACUGCUGGGAUGUUGAUGUUGGAGACUGUACAGUCUGGUAUGUGGGUGUGAUGACAGAAUCUGCUCAGAGGAAGGGGAGGAUAUUCUCCAGUAGUGGAAUCUGGCAUGUGCGGUAUUAUAAAGGCAAAUAUGGAGCACGUUCUACACCACAGACAUUGACUCCACUCUCAAUAGAACAGAAACUACAGAGGAUCAGAGUGAAACUGGACUGGGACAGAGGAAAGCUGUCAUUCUCUGACCCUCUUACUAACACACACGUACACACUUUCACACACACAUUUACUGGUAAAUUACUGCCAUAUCUAUGUGUUUUUGCUAAUGAAUCUCCUCUAAAGAUCCUCCCACUUCAGUGCUCUGUAAGAGUGAAUCAGAUCAGUUAGAGCUCAUAUUGUUUUAUUCCAGUUUAUUAAUGAAAUGUUGCAGAUUAAAAGAUUCAGAUUCUUUGUGAAA